CGCCGGCAACUUUAAUUUUAAGAAUGACGUUAUUAUUUCUACACAGACACAGGUUUUAGUUCACUGUGCGCCGGCCGGAUUACCAGUGGCCCUAUUACAGUAAUUUCUCCGUAAAAUAAUUGUGAAAACGAAUCAAAACAUGUCGUUUUAUCAACAACGCGGUGUCGGCCCGCUGCCCCCACCGGCGCUAACAGACAAGAUGCGGCUAUACCACGUGGAUAUGAACCCCUAUGGUCACAGGGUGCUACUCAUUUUGGAGGCGAAGAAAGCUAAAUAUGAGGUCUACAAACUAGACCCCCUUAGGUUACCUGAAUGGUUCCGGAAUAAGAACCCUAGAUUAAAAAUACCAGUGUUGGAGAUCCCAACGGAGUAUGGUGAUAAAUAUCUAUUUGAGAGCGUGGUGAUUUGCGAUUACUUGGAUGAGAAAUACACGAGAAACCAAUUGCAUUCUAGGGACCCGUAUGUCAAGGCUCAAGAUAGACUACUCAUUGAGAGAUUUAAUGAGCUAAUCAAAGGCAGUUUAGAAUGUUUCGACACAAACUUUGCAUUCGGAAGUGAACAGAUUAUUCAAACACUAGAUAUUUUUGAAAAGGAAUUGACUUUAAGAGGCACCAAUUACUUCGGAGGCCACCGUCCAGGGAUGCUGGAUUACAUGAUCUGGCCGUGGGUAGAGAGGCUGUACCUCCUCAGAUGCGUGAACGAGAGGAAAUUCGAUGAGAAGAGAGGAUUAUUCCCUAAUUUUGCCGAUUGGAGCGACCAAAUGCAGCUAGACGAUGUGGUGAAAAAACAUGCGAACUCACCUCAAGAGUAUUUCGAUUAUUACAAGAAUGCCCGGACGCAUUCCAUGGGAUACUAUUUAUAAUCUGUGCGUAUCUAACCGUUUCAUAUCAUCUAUGUAUCAUAUGCUUGAAUACUGGAACGCUACUCAAUUUUAAGUUGUACUUAAAUAUUUAUAUAAACUUAAAUAUUAAAUUAAGCGUGGGAGAGCCAUGCUUCGGCACGAAUGAGCCGGCUCGACCGGAGUGAUACCACGGCCUCACAGAAUACCGACGUGAAACAACGCUUGCGUUGUGUUUCGUUGUGUGAGUGAGGUUACCGGAGGCCCAAUUCCCACCCUUCCCAAUCUUCUCAAUCCCAGAUUCCCCAACAACCCUUAAAUUCCUAAUCCCCAAAAAGCCGGCAACGCACUUGUAACGCCUCUUGUAACGCCUCCAACGUGUUUCAAGUGUCCAUGGGCGGCAGCGAUUGCUUACCAUUAGGUGAUACGUCUGCUCGUUUCAUAAAAAAAAUAUCGUGCUAUCUCUGUCAUUUUAUAAAGAAUUUGUAGAGACUGAACUACAUUUGAGAGCGUCUUAAAAUUGAGUAGCGUUUGAGUAUUUGGGCAAUAGUCUAUUGGCGGGAGAAUUAUAAAAUAGGUUAUGUUUUAUUUUUGACAUUUGGUCACAUAGGUAGGUCACAAAGUUAUUUAGUUUCAAAAAUGGAUAUUGAUACCCUGUAAUACGGAUGAUGACGGGGUAUGAAAAUUAAAAAUCUAUUUAGUCCGUCAGUUAGGUAAUGAAAAAAUAUUAGACACGUAUUUUUUUUAUUUUGUCAUAUAAGAUAACGAUACUUAGACAAAACGAAUCAAAGUUUAUUAGUGGGAUCAAAUACGGCAUUUCUACGUAUAAAACGCACCUAGUAGUGACGUCCCGCGAUAUUUCAAAUCGAUAUAUCUUCAAAAGUAUUUGUUUCCGUAAGAAUAUAAAAAAUAAGUAUCUAAUGUUUUAAAAUAAAUAAUCUACAAGAUGGACAUUCAAAUAAAAUUUUGUCAUCUACCAAAUUAGGUAAAUACUGAGUUUACCAAUUUAGUGAAAAAAUAAUGGGUUUAAUUUCAUUAUUUAUGUUAUAUAAUAUAUAAAUAUAAAUAAAAAAGUAGGUAUUUUUACAUAAAUAAGCCUAGUCGUGGUCUACAAAAUCUAAACAUCACAAAAUUCUGAAGUUGCAUGCAUGACACCGAGUGAAAGAGAUGCAAGUAUGCAGAACAGUAAUGAGAGACAGAGAUAGAUAUACGUCUGUGGCUAACUUCACAUUAGUCAGUCAUUUACUAUCCUGUUAUACAAAACUAGCUUUUAUUUACUUGACGGUAAAGUUUUUUAUUGUGCAAAAAAAUCUAUCAAUAUGAAAAAAGUGCCUAUA